AUGGAGACGGCGGCGGCGGCGGUGGUGAGCGCGUCCACGGGGGCGCUCAACACCCUCCUCCCCAAGCUUGCCGACCUGCUCCUCGUCGCCGGCGGCGGCGGCGGGCAGCAGCGCAGGCUGCGCAGCAGCAGGCGCGCCGUCAAGGACGGCAUCGAGUACCUCGAGAGGGAGCUGACGAGCAUGCGCGCCGCCCUGGAGAGGCUGUCGGAGGCGCCGCCCGAGCAGCUCGACGGACAGGUCAGGCUCUGGGCGAGGGACGUCAGAGACAUGUCCUACGACGCCGAGGACGCCAUCGACGCCUACGUCGCCCUACGUGAAGCCUCGCGACCACCGACAGCGUCGUGCUCCUGCGUCGGCGGCCUCACCCGUGGCCGCAGCCACCGCCGCGCCAUCGCCGCCGAGAUCGAGCGCAUCAGGAAGGAGGUGGAGGAGGUGAGCCGGCGCCGGGCAAGGUACGAGAUCGACCGCGUGGUCGUCGACGCCGCCGCCACCUCGGCCCAGCAGGUCGACCGCCGGCUGCCGGCGCUCUACGCUAACGCGGCCAGCCUCGUCGGUGUGGACGGUUCAGUGGAGCAGGUGAUCAAACUUCUAGCCAUGGAAGGGGAGGAUGCACCGGCGAGGCGAAAGCUUAAGCUCGUGGCCAUCGUUGGGCCGGGAGGAAUCGGCAAGACGACGCUCGCGAAUCUUGUUUAUCAGAAGCUCCAUGGGCAGUUCGAAUGCCGAGCUUUCGUCUCGGUUUCCCUCAAUCCAAACAUCAAGGCUGUUCUCAGCAGCAUACUUUGCCAAGUGAGCCAUUUGAACCAUGAAAAUUUCAGUUCUUGGAGCGAGAAGGAAGUCAUCGACAAAAUCAGGGAUGUCCUCCAGGAUAACAGGUAUUUUAUUAUUUUUGAUGAUAUAUGGAAUGAACCAACAUGGAAACUUUUAAAAUGUGUCCUCAUCGACAAUGACCGUGGUGGUAAAAUAAUCGCAACUACUCGCAACAUUGAUGUUGCUGAAUUCUGUUGCAAUUAUGAUUAUAUUGAUGGUAACAUAUAUGAACUACAGCCUCUUUGUGUUGCUGACUCAGAAAAAUUAUUAUAUCGCAAAGUAUUCCAUAACGAAAGGUGUCCUCCUCAGCUUAGAGGCAUAUCUCAGAAAAUUUUGAAAAUAUGUGGUGGCUUACCAUUAGCAAUAGUUACUAUUGCUAGUUUAUUUGCAAAUAGGCAGACACAAAGAGAGGAUCAUUGGGAGACUGUAUGCAAUUCUUUUCAUACAGGACUUGAAAGUAGUACAGAUGUGAACGACAUGCGCUGGGUAAUAUCUCUUAGUUACUGUGAUCUAUCUUCCCCUCUAAAGACUUGUUUUUUGUAUCUAAGUAUAUUUCCAGAGGAUUAUAGCAUUGAGCGAGAUAACUUGAUAUGGAUAUGGAUAGCUGAAGGUUUCAUCCAGCCAAGACAAGAUAGAAGUCUAUAUGAACAAGGAGAGAGGUACUUCGAUGAACUCAUUAACAGAAAUUUGAUCCAACCAAUAUGUGUUGAUGUGCAUGGUAAGGCACAAGCUUGUCAUGUGCAUGAUACCAUACUGGAAUUUGUCACCUACUUAUCAAAAGAAGAAAAAUUUGUAUCAAUUUCAAAUGGCCAAUGUUCGUUGUCUCAUCUACCGAAAAAGAUCUACCGUCUAUCCCUAAAAAAUAGCAAGGAUGAUUUUAGAAUACCUCAUGCAACUGAGAGUUUUUCCCAUGUGAGGUCACUUAUUGCAAUAUCCUGGCAAGGUAUUGAUUUGAAGAUGUCACUUUCGGGCUUUAGAGUUUUACGUGUCUUGGAUUUAGGAGAUUGCAGCAGUCAUGGUAUUAAUGAUGAUAUAGGUAAUUUAGUUCACCUGAGAUAUCUAAGGUUGCGUGGUACACAUUUUAAUAAGCUUCCCAAAGAAAUUGGCAACCUAAGAUUUUUGCAAACAUUGGAUAUAAAACAGACGAGAAUAAAAGAAGUGCCAUCAACUGUAGUUAAUCUUACACAACUCAUGUGCCUUAUGGUUGACAGAAAGACAAAGCUGCCAAAUGGGAUUGGGAAUAUUGAAUCUCUGGAUCAUCUGUCAGAGAUUGAUAUUAGCCUGUAUCCAAGUCUCAUGAAAGAGCUAAACAAUCUACACAAACUAAGGGUUCUAGAAGUUUCACCAAGUACAUGUGAGAAGAGCAAAGAAAAAUCAUUUCUUGAUUAUUUAGGUUAUAUGGAGAAACUUGAAACUCUCAAUAUUUUUGCUCUGGGUAUAUCUGUGGAUUUCAUGUUGGAUGUAGAUUGGGCGCUUCAAGAACUCAAGAAAUCUACUGUUUCUAUUCGUCGAAAAAGUGAAGAUAUAUUCAACCUCAGCCCAUGGUCUGUGUGGGCAGAGGUUAGCCCACUCUCUACCCUACCAAAGUGGAUCAAUUCAUCACUCAGGAAACUCUCAUACUUAUCGAUUAUUGUAAGGACAUUGCGGCAAGAAGAUCUUGAAGUUCUUGGGGAUUUACCUGCCCUUUAUUCUCUAGAUUUGCAAGUGACAGAUGCUCUAGAGGAAAGAUUGGUGACAGUUGGUCAUAGUGGAGCUAAUGAUCAGUCAAUAGCAUUCCAAUAUCUAGCAAACUUCAACUUUACAAGUCCUGCUAUGGUGCUAGUUUUUGGAUAUGGGGCCAUGCAAAGGCUUCAAUUGCUUUCCUUUCGUUUUCAGCUGAAGGCGACAAAAAAUUUUCACAGUGGUUUUGACAUGGGCUUCGAGAAUCUAACCUCCCUUAAGGCUGUACAUUUUGGGAUUGACUGUCGUUGUGCUAGGCUUUGGGAGGUGCAAACUGCAGAGGCUGCACUAAGGAAUGCAAUCAACUUGAAUCUCAACUGCCCAACACUUGACUUGAGCAGACAUUUUGAAAGAUUGAUGUAUUGGGAUGGAAUGGAAGAGAUCCCUGAUCUAAAAAUAUUCAAAGAAGAAAAUGUCGGGCUUGCGAAGAUUGGACCAUGGGGUGGAAAUAGAGGGAGGGUUUAUGACAUUCAUGUGGCACCUCACCGUCUAGAAAGCAUCAAAGUUUGUAGUGACAUUUCUGUGAUACAUUCAUUUGAAUUUACAUAUAGCGACCAUAAUGGGCAGAAACAUGUUGCAGGCCCAUGGGGAGGAUAUGGUAGUGGUAAUGUUGAUAUGAUUCAACUUGCCCCUUCGGAGUUUCUUUUGGAGGUCUCUGGCACAUUUGGUCGAUUUCGUACAGCUCUCAAUGUCAUGACAUCCCUUACAUUUGUUACAAAUGCUCACAGCUACGGACCAUAUGGAAAAAUAGAGGGAACUCCUUUCCACAUGCCAGUGCAGAGCAAUGGCUGCAUUGUUGGAUUCUUUGGACGUGCAGGGUGGUAUGUUGAUGCAAUUGGCAUCUAUGUGAACCCUAAGCUGCAUACAGUGAAAGAAAAGGACAAGUUUGGGCUUGCCAAGAUUGGUCCAUGUGGUGGAAAUGGAGGGAAAGCUCACGACAUCAAGGUGUUUCCCCACCGUUUGGAAAGUGUGACAAUUUGCAGUGAUAUUGUGGUAAACUCACUCGGAUUUUCUUAUAAUGACCAUGAUGGAGAGCAUCACACAGCGGGUCCAUGGGGCGGUCAAGGUGGGAAUAAUCAGUUGAUUCAAUUUGAUCCAGAAGAGUUUAUAACAAGUGUGUGUGGAACAAUUGGGUCGUAUAAUACAUCAUUUGAUGUUAUAACAUCUAUUACACUAGUCACCAAUAUUGACUGCUACGGUCCUUUUGGUCAAGAGAAUGGGAUCCCUUUCCACUUUCCAAUCCAGGGCAAUGGCAGCAUUGUUGGCUUCUUUGGACAUGCGGACAUUUAUGUUGAUGCAAUAGGCGUCUAUGUGACACCUUGGAUUGGGACAAGGACAGAAGAAGAAAAUGAGGAAAUUGUAAAGAUCGGAUCAUUUGGUCGACGUGGAGGACGCCGUUGUGACAUCAAAGUGCCACCACACCGUUUGGAAAGUGUCACAAUUUCAAGUAAGAUUGUUAUAAAUUCACUUACAUUUUCAUACAGAAGCCAUGAUGGCCAGCAACACAUUUUAGGCCCAUGGGGCAGUGGCAAUGAGAACAAUUAUACGAUCAAUCUUGGUCCUUCAGAAUUCCUAACAAAAGUUCUUGGAACAUUUGGUCAGUUUGAUGAAUUCCCCAUUGUUAUAACUUCACUUACCUUUUUUAGUAACACUGGUCAUCAGUAUGGACCUUUUGGCCAAGGAGGAGGUACUCCUUUCCACGCACCAAUAUCAGGUAAUGGCAGCAUUGUUGGCUUCUUUGGCUAUCAAGGAGAUUGUGUUGAAGCAAUCGGUUUCUACUUUCGCCCGUCCUAA